AUGUCGGACCAAGAGGCUGCUGCCGCCGAUGGCGAGAAGAAGCUGAGCAAAAAGGAGCUGAACAAGCUCGCCAAGAAGGCAAAGAAGAUGGAGCUGACCCAGCAGAAGGGUCCGUCCGCCAAUGACGCGAGCGGUGACAAGGAAGAAGACGUGAGCGUCGGCUGCUACGGGUCUUACGGGCUCGUCCAGUCCACCGAUGAGAAGGACAUCGUCUUCACCGAGCUGAACGCAAUCAACAAGGACCUGGCUAACAAGGAGAUCUGGGUUCGCGGUCGUGUCCACACCACUCGCUCUACCGGGAAAUCCUGCUUUCUGGUACUCCGCCACAAGGUGCACACCAUCCAGGUUGGUCUCUUCAAGGGCGACCUCGUGAGCAAGCAGAUGGUCAAGUUUGUCGGAGCCAUUCCCAAGGAGUCGAUUAUCGACAUCCAGGCCAAGGUGGUCGUUGCCGAGCAAGAAGUGUCGGCGUGUACCCAAAAGGAGAUGGAACUGCACCCGAUUCAGGUCUUCGUUGUUUCCUCCUCGGAGCCCCGUCUGCCAUUGCAAAUCGAGGACGCAUCGCGCGGCGAAAAUGAUCCUUCUGGGCUCGCGGUCGUCAACCUCGACACUCGGCUUGAUAACAGCUACUUCAAGGGUCAAGCCUACUUGGCCCAGUCGCCACAACUCUACAAGCAGAUGGCAAUCGCCGGUGAUUUCGAGAAGGUGUUCACCGUCGGCGCCGUUUUCCGUGCCGAGGACUCGAACACCCAUCGCCACAUGACCGAGUUUGUCGGCCUUGACUUGGAGAUGGCCUUCAAGUUCCACUAUCAUGAGGUGAUGCGCACAAUCGGUGAUGUGUUGAUCAACGUUUUCAAGGGGCUGCAAAGGGAAUACGCCCAUGAGAUCGCCGCCGUCGGGCAACAAUACCCGGCCGAGCCCUUCCGAGUUCUGCGAGCCGGCUUUGGUCUUGAAGAGGACCUGUCGACGCCCCUGGAGAAGAAGCUCGGUCGACUCGUCAAGGACAAGUACAAGACCGACUUCUACAUCCUCGACAAGUUUCCGCUUGCCGUCCGACCAUUCUACACGAUGCCCGACCCUCACGAUGCGCGCUACUCGAACAGCUACGACAUGUUCAUGAGAGGCGAAGAGAUCCUCUCCGGAGCCCAGCGUAUCCACGAUCCGACGUUCCUCACCGAGCGCGCCAAGCACCACAACAUCGAGCUCGACAAGAUCCAAGCCUACAUUGACGCGUUCCGCUACGGAUGCCCGCCGCACGCUGGCGGUGGAAUUGCGGCCGUGUCGAACGGC